GACAAUAAUACAAGUGUCAACUAAAGCUUAAAAUUUUAGGUACAAAUAUCAAAGUUCUUCCAGUCAUUUCCUCCGUCAGGUCUCUAUCUUCAUAUGAUUCCGGAGUCGUUGCAAACCUCCUCUCUUACUCUUUAUCGUCCUCUUUUUGACACCAAGACCAGUUGGCACAAAACUCCAAGAUCUGUUCAAAUCAGCCCUUUAUUUGCGAAUUGAAGAUCUGGUUGGUUGAGUGGAAGACUAGCGUGUUUGCUACCCAUAAAAGUAAAAGUUGACCUGAAUGGAAGAAAUCCCGGAGGAGUUACCGAAAAAUGAUUCUAUUCAAAUUAGGGAGGUAUGGAAUGACAAUCUUGAACGAGAGCUUGCUCUAAUUCGUGAAAUCGUGGAUGACUAUCCUUAUAUUGCGAUGGAUACUGAGUUCCCGGGUGUGGUUCUUCAUCCCGUGAUGAAUUUUAAGCAUAUUAACGAGUAUAACUACCGGACUUUGAAGGAUAAUGUCGAUAUGUUGAAGUUGAUUCAGUUAGGUCUGACAUUUUCUGAUGAAAAUGGGAACUUACCCACUUGUGGAAAUGAUACUUACUGUAUUUGGCAAUUUAAUUUCCGUGAAUUUGAUGUGAACAAGGACAUAUUCGCUAAUGAUUCAAUUGAGCUAUUGAGGCAAUCAGGUAUCGAUUUUAAGAAGAAUAAUGAGAUGGGCAUUGAUGCAAACCAUUUCGCCGAGCUCUUGAUGUCUUCAGGAAUUGUGUUGAAUAAUGAUGUGCAAUGGGUAACUUUCCACAGUGGCUAUGAUUUUGGAUAUUUGCUUAAGUUAUUGACUUGUAGGAAUUUGCCCGAGUCUCAGUCAGAUUUCUUUGAUUUGCUGAACAUGUAUUUUCCCAUGGUGUAUGAUAUCAAGCAUUUGAUGAAAUUCUGCAACAACCUUCAUGGUGGUCUGAAUAAGUUGGCAGAGCUUCUGGAACUUGAGAGGAUUGGUAUAUGCCACCAGGCAGGUUCAGAUAGUUUGCUUACUUCUUGCGCAUUCAAGAAGUUGAAAGAUAACUUUUUUAAUGGUUCCACCGAAAAGUAUUCUGGUGUUUUGUAUGGACUUAGCGUUGAAAAUGGGUCUGAAAAAUAAGUAGGAGUCGUCCCCUGUGUAUGUUCCCUUCUGUAUUAACCUGUAAGACAUAAAAAUCUCAUCUCGGUUGUAAACAUUUGCAGAAAUCUGCUGCUCUUUAGUUCUGUUGAUUACCUUUGUAACUGUCUUCUCUGUAAUUGAACCCGUGAUGGGCAUUGUAGUUUUAAUACUGUUAAAUAUGGCAGUAAGUGUUGCAAUAAUAGUUUAACCUUUUCCUCA